GCCAAUGCUCGCCAAGCUACCAAGAUCGAGAGCUUGACAUUCGCUUGUGCUACGUUUUCUGAGUUACCCUAGGUAAGUUAGGUAGUGUUGAGACAUGGUCUUCGUCAAGUUGAUUGAGUUGAGAUGUUUUUUAUCUGUAUUACAGUACCAGCAGUUUCAAGCCGGGAGCUCCGAUCAAAAGUAGAGCUCUUACCCACUCACUGAUGGACUGGUGUUUUCAACUGACGAGCUCCAUCAAGGCACUCGAGGCACUUCAGCUCUCGGCUCUCCAGGUAUGGGUCUCAGACAGCUACCUAAGCUUAGUCUUGAGUUAGUUUCUUAGUUUCAGCUGGCAUUGUGUACAAUUACUCCAGUGUCACCUACUGCCUGUCAUUUGGCAGCCUCUUGUUGUGUGUGGUUACUUUUGAAUUUUUCAACUGCCAAAGCCACGAUCGUGAAGCUCAAUCACUUCAACGUGCGCACAAGGUUUCUCUUCCAUAUCGAAUGUCAAUUAAAAGCAGACAUCACAUGCAAAGGUCAAUUUCGAAAUUAGACUCUCGGCGGCCUCCGUCCGUUGAUCUUCGGCCCUGAGCUACCGACGUCACCACUGCUGGCUUUUCUGUGCCCCACGGGAUCGUCCACCAGAAACUCACUUCUUACCAAGGCAUAUCGCGCAUGCCUACUGUACGCCAGAGUUUGUACGGAGGUUACCCCCGAUUUGUGAUCUUGAGCAUACAGUACGACAAGCCAGAUCGACCCCAAUUGAUCGUGGCUACUCUGCGGGCUCUGUGAUCGGCAUCUUCGCCGGGGGAUCUGCCUGGAAGCCGGACCACAAUGCCGUUUGGCUUGCGGCUAAAGGCCAUUCCGUCCUCCGCCAUAAAAUCUACUUCGUUCCGUAUCGGAGCCGGGACAUCGGCCGGUCAUGUCCUCCUCAGCCGGUGGUCAUCCACUUACACCACUCCGACGUCAGACCUACCUCCACUCAACCUCCUCGUUCAUCGACAUCUCACAGGGUCGGGCCCUGAUGCUUUCGUUCCCUAUGACACUGCCAAUAAUGAGCAGGAAGAACUCCGCUCGUCGUUUCUCAAGUGGAAGAGUUUGAGCGAGGAACAGCAACAAGACAGAGGCCCCAUACCCCGCCCUCAUCUUCUUUCUUUUGAACCAGCACCAACUCUCACGCUUGGGCGUCGCCAGCGCCCCCUCACUUCCGAGCAAACCUCCUACUUCAAGUCUCCCCUCUACGUUAGUCUUCCUCAUCGGCGUAACCCUGUCGAAGAGCAGAGCUUCAUUCCUGAGGUCAAACAGACAAGCCGUGGGGGUUUGACAACCUACCAUGGUCCUGGUCAGCUUGUCUUGUGGCCUGUGCUAGACAUGCACUCUCCUCUGUAUGCGCAUUACUCAGUCAUGUCGUAUGCGGACCAUCUCGAGGCAACCACACGUCGCCUGCUGGCACGUUUGUUCGGUUUGGAAACUUAUACAACCCGAGAUGAACCUGGAGUCUGGGUCCGUACCCCCGCCGGUCAGCCAGAACGCAAAAUCGCAGCAAUUGGGGUUCAUCAUCGGAGACACGUCACAGCCCUUGGCAUUGCUAUCAACAUCGACGUUUCGGUAGAUGGUCCCGAUGUUAUUAAUCCUUGGGCUCGUUUUGUUCCUUGUGGCCUUGAAGGUAAGCUUGUCACCUCUGUGGUUGCCGAAUUAGCAAUAAAAGAUGGUAUUGUGCGGCUUGGUGGCUGGAAUACUGCCUCAUUAGCAGCCGUGUGGGCGAGAAUAUUUGAAGAAGGGAUAGUAGAUGAUACAAAGAGAAGUAUUGACGGCGAGGGGAGCUCUCAGUUCCGUCGAGCAGUCUCAUGAUACGUGACUAGUAAACUCGAUCAAUGCUGUCAGGCCUUCACGAAACAACACUGGCUAAACGAGUAUUAUGUGUCAAUGUAUACUAUACGCUUUCGGUUCGGGUACUUAUGUGAUAUAUAUGUAUAUAUUUAUACGAAGGUAAAUGACUCAGGGCGGGCUCAUAGCUAGUUGUCAUCAUUCUCUAGAAGCCCAUAUUCAAGACUAUUAAUUCCUGAGGUAAUUUUAACUCGAUUAUUGUGAGCAGUGUUCUAGCAGAUCAUGAAGAGCCCAUCAAUCGCAGACUCAUAGAUACUGGUAUCAGAUCAGUGUGUUCAUACUGGGUUACAUAAUCAUAUAAUUAUUAUCAUGUCAUA